GCGCAUUAAUAAACCUCGUUCUAUAAAACCAUACUGCAGGCCCGUUGACAUAUCAAUCAAGUUUGGGUUGUUAAACUAUCCAGUCAAAAUGUUCAGCAAAAUCGUAGCUUUCGGCGCGCUGCUCGCGGCAGCCAACGCCGGCCUGUACCACGGCCACGCUGUCUCUUCGCAGAGCAUCGUCCGCCACGAUGAAGCCCACGCUCCUGCCCAUUACGCUGCUCCUGUGGCCCACUACGCCGCUCCCGUGGCCCACUACGCCGCUCCCUUGGCUUAUGCUGCCCCUGCUGCCCACUACGCUGGACAUGACGAAUACGCUCACCCCAAAUACGAUUACUCGUACUCCGUGGCGGACCCCCACACCGGUGACCACAAGUCACAGCACGAGAGCCGCGACGGUGACUCGGUCCAUGGAUACUACUCCCUGCUCCAGCCUGACGGUUCCGUGCGCAAGGUCGAGUACACCGCUGACGCACACAAUGGUUUCAACGCCGUCGUGCACAACUCUGCACCCUCCCAUCACAUCGCCGCGCCCGCUCCCGCCUACCACCAUCACUACUAAACGAUGUCUGAAUUGAUUUGCCUCACUUAUUUAUUCCUAACUUUGUGAUAAGAGUGCGUGUUCUGUGAAAACUGUAAAUAAAGUGUGAUUUUGAAUUUA